AUGUGGAAUUCUUGGAUUCUCGUUGCUGGUUUAGCUCUGCUGUGCACAAGCUCAGCAAUACAGGUUGAUUAUGAUGCCAAUGCCAUGAUCAUCGAUGGGGAACGAAAGCUUAUUUUUUCUGGUGCAAUCCACUACCCUCGUAGUACCCCAGAGAUGUGGCCAGACCUGAUAAAGAAAGCCAAGGAUGGAGGCCUGAAUGCUAUCGAGACAUAUAUCUUCUGGAACGCUCAUGAGCCUCGCCCCCGUCGAUAUAAUUUCAAGGGAAAUCUGGACUUCAUAAAGUUUUUCAAGCUAGUUCAUAAGGCUGGACUCUAUGGAAUUUUGAGAAUAGGCCCUUACGUCUGUGCUGAAUGGAACUAUGGGGGCUUCCCUGUGUGGCUACACAAUAUUGACGGAAUCGAAUUAAGGACAAAUAAUGAAAUAUACAAGAAAGAAAUGCAAAUUUUCACAACCAAGAUUGUGGAAAUGUGCAAAGAAGCAAAUCUGUUUGCCCCACAAGGAGGACCUAUCAUUUUGGCACAGAUUGAGAACGAGUAUGGGAAUGUUAUGGAUAAAUAUAAGGAAAAAGGGAAAGAAUACGUCAAAUGGAGUGCGGAAAUGGCAGUAGCCCAGAAUGUUGGAGUGCCAUGGAUUAUGUGCCAGCAGGGUGAUGCUCCACAGCCCAUGAUCAACACAUGCAAUGGGUUUUACUGCGAUCAGUUCAAGCCAAACAAUCAAAAGAGCCCCAAAAUGUUUACUGAGAACUGGACCGGAUGGUUCAAGAAAUGGGGCCAAAAAGACCCUUACAGAACUGCAGAAGAUUUAGCAUUUUCAGUUGCUCGCUUUUACCAACUUGGCGGAGUGUUGAUAAAUUAUUAUAUGUAUCAUGGAGGAACAAACUUCGGACGCACAUCUGGUGGACCAUAUAUCACAACAUCAUAUGAUUACAAUGCUCCACUCGAUGAAUACGGAAAUUUUAACCAGCCAAAAUGGGGCCAUCUCAAACAACUCCAUGAAGCUCUUAAAGUUGGGGAGAAGUUUCUCACUAAUGGCACAUCAGAAACAAAGGAUUCUGGUGAUGGGAUUCAGGUGACCACAUUUACAGACGGUCAAACUGGGGAGAGAUUCUGUUUCUUGAGCAAUGUUAACAACAACAAAGAUGCAAACGUUGACUUGAAAGAUGAUGGCAUGCACUUUGUACCGGCUUGGUCUGUUAGUAUUCUUGGUGCCUGCAAGAAGGAGAUUUACAACUCUGCAAAGGUUAACACUCAGACCUCUGUCAAGGUAAAGAAACAGAUCGAUGAUGAAGAUAAAUCUGCUCAAUUCAACUGGAAGUGGACUCUCGAACCCAUGAGAGACACCCUCGAAGGAAAAGGCACAUUCAGUGCUGAUACUCUUCUUGAACAAAAAAGAGCAUCUGAUGAUCGUAGCGACUACUUGUGGUAUAUGACUAGUGUUGACAUCAACGGAACAUCCUUUAAUGAGGGGACUAUAUUUGCAAAUUCAUCUGGCCAAGUCGUUCAUGCUUAUGUGAAUGGGAGGCUGAUCGGCACUAAAUCAGGGUACUCGUUUCAGCUCAGAAACCCAGUUUCACUAGUACCUGGGAGAAACAAUAUAACUCUGCUCAGUGUCACAGUUGGGCUGCAGAACUAUGGAGAUCAUUUUGAUUUGGGACCAGAGGGAGUAACAGGACCAGUUGGAUUGAUUGACGUAGGGAAUAACUCCAUAGAUUUGUCAUCAAAUGCCUGGAAUUAUAAGGUUGGAUUGCAUGGUGAAGCCAAAAAACUUUAUAAACCAAACUCACGUAAUCGUCGACUGUGGAGGACAUCAGAAGAACUUCCCAUUGGCAGGCCUAUGACUUGGUACAAGACCGCAUUCAAAGCUCCGUCAGGAAAAGACCCUGUGGUGUUGGAUUUAAUGGGAAUGGGCAAGGGGCACGCCUGGAUAAAUGGAAACAGCAUCGGCCGCUUCUGGCCCGCACAAAUUGCUGAUAACAAUGGCUGCAGUGAUGAAUGCGAUUAUCGUGGGGCUUACAAAGAGCAAAAAUGUUUGUCAAACUGUGGCAAUCCUUCUCAAAGAUGGUACCAUGUUCCAAGAUCAUUCUUUACUCCCGGCACCAACUUUUUGGUUUUAUUUGAGGAAAUUGGUGGAGAUCCUUCACAAGUGUCUUUCCAGACCGUAACGACGGGUUCAAUCUGUGCAAACGCAAAUGAAGGCAGCUUAUUGGAACUAUCAUGCCAUGGAGGAAAUGUCAUCUCGAAGAUAAAAUUCGCAAGCUAUGGUAACCCAAAGGGAAGAUGCGGCUCAUUGAAAAAAGGUUCCUGUGAGGCAGAAGGAAGUCUGACUGCUUUGGAAAAGAUUUGUGUUGGGAAGGAGAGUUGCACGGUUGAUGUCUCGGAGAAAACAUUUGGAUCAGCAGACUGCGGCAAAGAUAAAAAGACUCUAGCUGUCGAAGCUCUUUGCGAGAAUCAAAUGGUCUAUCUGAGAAAACACAAGAAAAAGAAGAACCAAUCAUGAACAAGAUGAUGCUUGAUCAGAGGAAGAAGCAGUUGGGGCUUCCCACCAGCCACGUUUGAUCAGAAGCAGAAGCAGAAGCAGAAGCAGUUGGGGCUUCCCACCCCACAGCCCAGGGAUAUGGCCAACUCGAGUGAACAGCAAAGUCGUAGUUCCAGAAAUGGCUCUGACCGGAUAGAGAUCCUGUACGACAAGUACCAAAGGAAUUUGCCUUCUUCAUCUGAAGAGAAGUCGAGCAAGGGAAAGUUUCACAACUGCGUCGAGAAAUUUUUCGAGGCAGCAGCAAGGGGCGACAAUCCGUCAAGCAGCAAAGAUCAGAAACAGGCUGAAAACCCUGCAGCUGCAGCUGCUCCUGCUCCAAAUGGGAGGGCUACCCAAACCCAAAACAAUAGCGACGAAGGAAGCUCGUCACAGACGAGAAAAAUUCGCAAGACUUAUUCCUAUCCACCCAAGGUUCGGGGUUUUGAAUACGAUGAGAGGUCACUCGAAAUGAUGCUUCUCGAGGGUGGGGAGGACAAUUCGUUCAAGACAAUCGGAGUUGUGGGGCUCCCCGGUGUUGGAAAAACAACCCUUUGCAAGUCGAUUCUCAAAAACGAGAGAGUGAAGGGUAGCUACGGUCGAAGGAUCUGGGUAAGCUCGCCGGAGAAGCCUGACGACGAAACAACGUUGGAUCAUACUGGAGCUACAGAGGACAUUGAGGAGCUCAUUUCCUAUGAACAUGAACUUCCUGGAUUGCUCCGUGGACUUAACCAGAAAUUGAAGGAGAAGAAGUACCUAAUCGUGCUUGAUGAUGUUGGGGAGGGAGAGAUCGACAGCUGCUAUAACGCUCUGAACACUUGCUUUAGCGAUGAACUUCCAAAGGAGAAAGGGGGAGCAGUUAUCGUGACAAGCAGAUCCGAGGAAGCAGCAAAGAAAGUGGUCGGAGACAGGAACUUGCAUCGCCUUCUGCCCCUGUCUGAUCCAAAGAGCUGCUGGUUAAUAUAUACCGAUGCGGUGGAAGGUUUUCCAACACCAGAAGACGCAACAGCUUCGAAAGAUGUGAUGGAAGAACUCAUGAAGAGAUCUGGCGGUCUACCUGGGGCUGCACAUAUGAUGGGUAAAAUCAAGGCUGCCAAAAAAGGGAAUAAUAAUAGCCCUGUAAGGUCUUGACAAUUCUGGCUUCAAAAUUUAUGGUUUAGAUUUCAGUCCCAUUGCAUUUGAUUGAGCUUUGAGAAUUUGAUUUGGGUUUGUAUUGCGUUAUUUGUCGGUAAAAUUGUGAGAUAUGAUUCACCUGUUUUCGCUAGUAAGAUGUAGUACUUGGUUUGAAUCAUUACAUGCAAGAGCAAGACAUGGAGAUGUAGUUGCUUGCUUCCGAGUUCUGAGUUGUUAGGAGAUCUGUGUCUCUUUCACAAGUUGCUGCAGUCUACUCUCCGGGAACCAAAAUCACUCCCUUGGGAGUUUCUUGUCAUUUGGCUUAUUAAUUUAUUUAUUUAAUUUCAUAUUUUGAAAUUCAAUGCUUAAAGUCUUACUAUUUUGUCA